CGCCCCCAGCCCAAACCCGCGGGGAUAGGCCCCACCUCCGACACUUUCGCCGGGUCAGCACGGUGCGCCCGACCCCGGAGCCUAACCUUGUCCCCACGGGAGGGAAGCUAGAAUUCUUCCUCCGAGACUGGAUAAGGAGUUAAAAUAUCCGCCGCUGCGUGAAGCGCCUCCGGUUCCCGCGAGCCGGAGCCACGGCCACUUCCGCUCCCAGCGGCCCCGAAACCGGACGUGGAGGCGCGCGCCGGCGGCAGCGGCGGCGGCGGCUGGCGGCGGCUGUGCUGAUCAGCGCUGGCGUGCUGCGGUGGGAGUGUCUGCUGCGGGUCUGUAGGUGCAGCUCGGCCCCUCCGGAGGGCGGGGAGGCUCGGCGGGCGCUGGGAGGAGCCGGAGGGCCCGGGACAGCCGCCGGCGCCGGGGUGCGCCCUUCUCGCAGCGGCCGUAGGGCCGGGACCCAGCCCGCACAGCUCGGCCUCUCAGCUGGACGCCCCACAACCGCCCCGACCGGUCCCUCGCCCUCCGGUACCCUCGUCCGGGCCGGCAGUACUGUCACCUCCCCGCUCCAGCCAGUCUUUCGCCCUCCCGUACCCAUAUCCGGGCGGAUGGGACUGACACCCCCCGGCCCCGACCACGACCCCACGCGCUCAGGUCCUCCUCCCUGGGCAUAUGUGUCUGUGCCCAGGUACAGGGACUUCCCCAUGCAUACCCAGUCUGGCCUCCCAGGUGGGGUCAAGAGAAGAGCUGAGGGUGACAGAAGGAGGGGUACCCUGUGUCCCGUGUGUGGAUUGGGAAUCUCAACUUAAACUCAAAGCAUCUACCCCUGCGCAGGAUAUUUUGGAGGAAAAUUCAUCCUAUAAUACGCAUGUGGGGCUGGGGCUGGACCUGAAGAUGCAGAGCAGGCCCAAGAUGGGAGAGAGGGGUACACCUUUAUUUCCUGAGGCCCAGCCAGCUCUCCAGGAGUCGCCUUGGUCUUCUGGAUGCACAGGGCUGAAGGCAGCUGUGCAGAUUCGGAGGCCCGUACCUGUGCGGGGCCUCCCCGACCCGUGGACAGUUGGGCAGUCUGCUCUGCCUGCUUGGAACUCCACCUGGCUCCAGGAGGAGAGCACAGAGGCAGGAGCCAUGGUUCCUGGGGUGCUGCCCACCUGCCUGCAGGAGCCAGUCACCUUUGCAGAUGUGGUUGUGUUGUUUACCCAAGAAGAAUGGAUGUUUCUAGACUCUGCCCAGAGGAGACUGUAUCAAGAUGUGAUGCUAGACAACUACAGGAACCUGGUCUCUGUGGGCGAUCAACUAGGCAAACCCAGUGUGUUUUUCCAUUUGGAGCAAAGGAAAGAGCUGUGGACUGCUGCGGGAGGAACCUUUCCAGGAGCCCAUCCAGAACCUCAACUUCAACCCCAGGAGCCAGUUCCUAACCAGGGUAUUUUUGUGGAGAGUCCAUCCAUUGGCAUGAAAAGGGAGAAACCUCAGACUGGGGAAAAACUCUACAAAUAUAGUGAACUCAGGAAACCCUUUGACAACACCAAGCCACUUUUUCACUAUCAGAGAAUUCAUGCUGGUGAAGACCCCUAUGGAUACGAAGAGAAUAGAAAACUCUUCUUCCAGACCUCUCACCUAAUCAUGCCCAAGAAAAUCCAUAGCAGUGAUAAAACCUACAUGUGUAACAAAUGUGAAAAGUCCUUCCAGUACAGCUCAAACCUCAUCAGGCAUGAGAAGACUCACACUGCAGAGAAAUGCUUUGAAUGUCAAGAAUGCCAGCAAGCCUUCAAGUAUUCCUCAAAUCUGCGGCGGCACAUGCGAACUCACACUGGAGAGAAACCUUUUGAAUGUACUCAGUGUGGGAAAACCUUCACGAGGAACUUUAACCUGAUUUUGCACCAGAGGAACCACACGGGUGAGAAGCCCUACCAGUGUGAGGAUUGUGGGAAAGCUUUUAAUCAGUCAUCCUCUCUGAGGAGUCAUGUGAGGACUCACACAGGAGAGAAGCCCUUUGACUGCAGUCAGUGUGGGAAAGCCUUCAGGGAACACUCGUCGCUGAAGACACACCUGAGGACUCACACCAGAGAGAAACCCUACGAGUGUAACCAGUGUGGGAAGCCCUUCCGGACGAGCACCCACCUGAAGGUACACAAGAGGAUACACACAGGGGAGAAGCUUUAUGAAUGCGCUACCUGUGGGCAGGUCCUGAGCCGUCUCUCAACCCUCAAGAGUCACAUGCGAACUCACACUGGAGAGAAGCCCUAUGCGUGCCAGGAAUGUGGGCGGGCCUUUAGUGAGCCUUCCUCCCUCAGAAAACACUCGAGGAUUCAUACCGGCAAGAAGCCCUACGUGUGUCAGGAAUGUGGGCGAGCCUUUGGUCAGUCUUCACACCUCACCGUACAUAUGCGAACCCACACUGCGGGGAAGCCCUAUGAAUGUAAUGAGUGUGAGAAAGCCUUCAGGCACAGUUAUUCACUUACUGUGCAUAAAAGGAUUCAUGCCAGGAGAGAAAAUGUUAGGAAUGGUGCCCUUCCUUUAUCAUUAUCUCAUCAAUACAGUGGGCCCCUUGCUGAUUAACUUCCAAGUUGUAAAAAUAAAACAUGCGGGCCUAUAAUCAUCUCUUGUAGUACUCCUUUAGCUACAUCAUGUUUUAAUGUAUAAUGUUUCAUUUUGGUUGUAUGAGUUUUCAUUAUACUUAUUCUUUGACCCAUGGGUUAUUUGUAACUAGAUUUUUAAAAAAAACUAUGUGGAUAUAUUUUUAUGGAGGUAUAAUUACUUAUAGUGAAAUGCAUAAAUCUUAGGUGUACAGUUGGGUGAGUUUGACUGAUAUGUACUUAUGCCUAUGUAAGCAAAACCUCAUUUCUAUCAUUCUGGAAGGUUCCUGCAAGUCUAAGUUUUUUUUUCCCAUUGCCUGUUGUUGGUUUCUAAUUUAAUUACCUUGUGAGCAGAGUUUGUGGUCUUUAUGUUAAUAAAUCUUAGGUAUUUGUUGAGAUUUUUUUUUAGGUCCAGUAUGUCAUAUCCUGCUAGUUGACUAUCAAAAUACCCUUUCUUCCUUACAAAAGAGCCUAGGUUUUUUGUUCAGAUUGGUAAUGUGUACUAUUAAAAACCUCCAUCUCCCAGUCCUUGCAGCCAGGGAGGCCAUGUUCCCCAAUCCUGGUCAUUAUAAGUAGAAUUCAUUGGGUGGUGUGAAUCCUGAAAAAGAUGAUACAAAAGAACAUUCAUCCAGCUCCCUGCAUUCAGAUUGCCUUUUGUCAAAGAUGUCGGUGGUUGAGCAGCCAUCCUGUGACCAAGAGGGUAAAAACUACAGGCUAAAGAGAGUGUGGCCAGAAAUUACAACCAUCCUGCUUCCCCAGUUGGUAUCUUUGUGUCGUUGUACCAGCCCUGGAGUGUAUUUCUGCACAUCCUGUUACAUAAAAAAGAUGUACUUCUUCCUAGCACAUGGCCUUUUUUGUUGGGAGAAGGAGAAGGCAGGGAUGAUCUACUUAAUAUAUGGUCAGUUUUUAUAAGUGCUUCAUGGGUGGUUGAAAUCAAUGCAUUGUAUUUUAUGUAUGUCCACUAGAUCAAGUUGUAUUUAUGUUUGAAAAUCUUAUACACAUCCGUAAGUAUUGAUCUCUGUCUUAGUUCAGGCUGCUAUAACAGAAAUACCAAAGACUGGGUGGCUUAUAAACCACAGAAAUUUAAUUCUCACAGUUCUGGAGGCUGGAAGUCCAGAUCUAGGUGCUGGCAGAUUUGAUGUCAGGUGAGACCCCUUCAUGGUUCAUAGAUGCCUCUCUUGCUGUGUCCUCACGUGGCAGAAAGGGAGCAGGAGAGCUCUCGGGGUUUCUUUUAUGAGGGCACCAAUCCCUUUCAUCAGGGCCCCACUCCCACGACCUCAUCACUUCCCAAAGGCCCCACUUCCUGAUACCAUCACUUUGGGGGUAAGGCUUCAGCAUGUGAAUUCCGGGGGACACAUAUUCAGCCCACAGCAUGCUUUGAUCUGCGACAUACUGAGGGAGCUAGCUACAUUAAACUCUCCCACAUGAUUGUGGAUUGCUGAAUAAAUCUUGUAACAAUUUUUUAAUUUUUAUAUUUUGAAACAAUGGAAUUAAGUGAAAAGAUUUGACAUUUUAAAUGUUUCUAGAAAAUUGUUCUUUUUAUUCUUUGGCCAUCUUUUUUCCUAGUGAUGACUAUUCAGCCAUUCAUCAUCAUAACAGCAAAUAAUUAUUUAAAGCCUUCUCUAUUAGAUAGUAGCUACUACUGUAAAGGUUGCAUCUUUUAAGUUAUUUAGUUCCCACUGUGACCCUUUGAGGUAGAUGCUAUUAUUAUUCCCAAUUAACAGAUAAGGAGACUGUUGAGGUGACUUAACCAAGUUCAUGCAGAUGGUAAGUGACAGAAUCUGGUUCUAAGAUACAUGCUCCCUCCACUGUGUUUCAACCCAGGACCUAUUCUCCAUUAAAAAUUAAAAAAAAAGAAAUAUAGUUGAUAUACAACCUUAUAUUGGUUUUAGAUGUACAGUCUAGUGAUUUGAUGAUCAUAUACAUUGGUAAAUGCUCACCAUAAGUGUAGUUACCAUCUGUCACCAUACAAAGAUAUUACGAUAUUACUGCCUUCAUACCCUAUGCUGUACUUUUCAUCCCCAUGACUUGCUUAUUUUGUAUUUGGAAGUUCGCUCCUCUUUAUCCUCUUCACCUAUUUCACCCAUGCCCCCCCCUCCUUGCCCUAUGGCAACUGCCAGUCCGCUCUGGGUUUGAGUCUGUUUCUGUUUUUGUUCACUUGUUCUGUCUGUUCCCCAUUUUAUUUGUUGCCACAGGAUCCUGUUUUUGUGUUUUCAAUUCUUUUAUGGGAAGUAUAACUUACGUGAAAGUUUGUCAGUCUUAGUGCACACCUUGGUGAAUUUUAGGUAUGUCUAUACCACCCAUGUCAAGGUAUAAAAUAUUUUAUCUCCCCAGAAGGUUUCCUUGGGCCCUACCUCAGUCAGGAAGUCCCACCCCCAGAGGUAACCAGUAUUCUGACUUCUAUCACCAUAAAUUUAUUUGUCUUCAUCACAGAAAUGGAACCACACAGUAUGUUCUCUUGUAUCUGUUUUUCUCGGUAAGGUAUCAUGAGAUUUAUCUUUGUCGCAGUAUCUUCUUUCAAAAAAUUGCUGUGUAAUAGUCCAUUUUUUGGAUACACCAUAAUUUAAAAAUUCCAUUCUGAUCAGGGAAAUUUGGGUGCUUCCCAGGUUUUGCUAUUAUAAAUAAAGCCAUGGUGAAUGUUU